UCAGUCCUCGUUACAACCGGAGAGCCACUAAGUCACCGGCGGAGCGCGGCUGUGCAGGGGACGCUGUUGUUCUCUCUCCUCCGCGGAGGAAAACCGGGGAGCGUGGCGCUGUCCCUCAGCGAGGAGCCCGCGUAUUUCUCGCCCGAGCCGCGGCCCUUUUAAUUCCCCUCCCACCGGCGCCCGGAGCCGCGAGGGCGGCGCGCGGCGGCGAUUGGCGCGAACCGGGAGCGGGAAGGGCUCGGCGCCGCCAUGUGCUCGCUGGGGCUGUUCCCGCCGCCGCCUCCUCCUGGGGAUGUCACCCUGUACGAGCUCAACAACGCCCUGGUCUGCGGCCGCCUCAGCGAGCAGCUCCCGCUGGCCUUCCAGAGCCAGGUUCCCGACCUGCCCGUGCUGACGCUGCCCAAGGAGCCCCUCAAGGCCCACGGCCGCCUGGAGCCCAGCGCCCGCCCGCCCUUCAUCCACCACCGCGAGUCCCUCUGGAAGCGCUGCCUCAGCUCCUGGUCUCCGGGCUCGCUGCGAUGCUUGGGCUGGGCCCUGCUGUCCCUGCCCGUGUCCCCUGUGCUGCUGGCAGGGAUGCUGAGGAUCCUCUGCCCUCUGCCAGGGCUGCGGUGGCUGCGGACGGGCUCGAGCCACGCGCUGGCCGUGUGCCGCUGGCUGUCCUCGCUGCACGGGUCCCUGUUCCCACACCUGUCCCUGACCAGUGAGGACAUGAUCGCAGCCUUCUCCCAGGCCGUGGACUGGGCCAGCUGCACCAUCCGGGCCUUCGCCUGGCACCCCCACACCAACAAAUUCGCCGUGGCUCUUCUGGACGAUUCCAUCCGCGUCUACAACUCCAACAGGUGGGGCUCUGGCCAGGGAUUUGGGCAGCCCGGGGUGGGCGCUGCCCUGGGCCUGCUGCCCGUGGCCUUCUCGCCCACCUGGGCACACCUGGGCUCCCGUUCAGCCCUCCCUGCUCUGCCCCGAGCCUCAAGAGCUUUGCCUGUCCUUCCCCUGCCCGCUCCAUGCCUCUGGGGACAUCGCGGGGGUCACGCAGCCCUGGGGGUGGUGACAGAGCCGGGGGGGCACGGGCUUGAGUGUCCUCUGUCCCCCAGGUGUCCCUGUUCCCCCAGGGAGUGCCAGUCCCUGCUCAGGAGAAGACUCUGCCGGCUGCUCCUGCAGCCCCCCCAGGUGUCCCCAAGCUGGGCCCUGUCUGGCCUGGGGACACCUCGGCUCAGCCACACCAGGUGUGCCCUGGCUCGCUCCGGUGUCACCUGGCUGGGAAUUCCUGUCCCUCCCCGGGAAGCACACGGCAGGGCACAGCCCCUCCCCACCCUGCUGUCCCCCCUCAGGGCUGGCAGGGGACACUGUGGCUGCACCAGGGCUCCGUGCCCCACGCUCGCCCUGUGUCACCUGUCCCCUCCCCGGCAGUGCCACCGUGCCCUCGCUGAAGCAUCGCCUGCAGAGGAACGUGGCCGCCAUGGCCUGGAAGCCGCUCUGUGCCUCCAUCCUGGCCGUGGCCUGCCAGAGCUGCGUCCUCGUGUGGCACCUGGACCCCACCUCCCUCUCCACCAGGUGACAGCUCCCACCUUCCCUUCCCUGCCGUUGUCACCGCGCUGUGGCUGGCUUUGGGACAGCGCCACCGUGCUGCCGGCAAAUCCCAAAUCCUGGUGGCAUCUCCCUCGUCCUGUGCAGGCCCUCGUCGGGCUGUGCCCAGGUGCUGUCCUGCCCGGGGCACAGCCCUGUCACCAGCCUGGCCUGGGCGCCCAGCGGGGAGCGGCUGCUCUCGGCGUCACCGGUGGACACGGCCAUGCUGGUGUGGGACGUGUCCACCGAGACCUGUGUCCAGCUGCAGUGGUUUGGGGGCGGCGGUGUCACCUACUUGGCCUGGUCCCCCGAUGGCAGCAAGGUGCUGGCAGCCACCCCCUCGGCCGUGUUCCGGUGAGCUCCUCAUCCCAUCCUCAUCCUCAUCCUCACUCCAGAAAAUCUGGAUCCCAAAUGUCGCUCCUGCUCCUGCUCCUGCUCCUGCUCCUGCUCCUGCUCCUGCUCCUGCUCCUGCUCCUGCUCCUGCUCCUGCUCCUGCUGUGGGGACAGAGUUGGGGACGGGGCUGGACAUGGUGGGUUCCCAGAGCAGCAGGACUGGGGCCAAUUCCCAGGAAUUCUCCCUAAAGCCAUCUCCUGCAGGGUCUGGGAGGCCCAGAUGUGGACCUGUGAGCGCUGGCCCACCAUCAGGGGACGCUGCCAGGUAGGAUGGAUAUUCCCCUCCCAGGGAAUCAUUUAGGCUGCAGAAGCCUUCUGGGACCACCCAGGGCAAGCCACGCAAGGCCACCACUGACCCGUGUCCCCAAGUGCCACAUCCACAGGGCUUUUAAAUCCCUCCAGGAACGGGGACUCCACCCCUGCCAUGGGCAGCCAACCCAAGAAAUGGUGGGAAUUUUCCCGAAUUGUGUGGAAAUCUUCCCAAUAUCCACCCUGAACCUCUCCUGGCACAGCCUGGGGCCGUGUCCCUCCUGUCCCCGUCAGCGACUUGGGGAGUGAAAAAUCCCUCCUAAGCCUCCUUUUCUCCAGUCUGAGACACUUCAGGCAGGGUGACACUGUCCCACAGGCAGGGGUGACACUGUCCCACAGGCAGGGUGGCAGGGUGACACUGUCCCACAGACAGGGUGCUGGAGCCCCGAUGGCAGCCGGCUGCUCUUCACCGUGCUGGGCGAGUCCGUCAUCUACUCCUUGUCUUUCUCCGAGUACCGGGGUGAGUUUGUCCCACCUGGAGCUUCCCAGGGCCUGGGAGGGGGUUCACAG